AUGAGUAACUGUCCAUUCCUUUUUCGACACGUGUUGCAGUUACACGACGAAGAUGAUUUUAGGAUUUUCUUGAACUUGAUGAGAAUACAGCUUGAUGGAAAUAAAUGCUUAGAAGACGCCAGGCUAAAUAAACGAUAUUGGUCAAGAUUAUCAGUAGACACUGGUAACACAAGGCACAACAGGUGUCGCUUCACUCAUUGGGAAUAUAGAUCCAUGAUCGUCCUAGAACUCAUUCUUGCUCUGACUCCUUGUGGUGGACCCAUAUUUUUCACGAAUUUGCGAAACAGAUACAGAAUACCUGGAAUGAAGAGAUUAACAGACAAAAAAGCCGCACGGCAUCACGCUGGCGUGUCCUGCUCUAUGACAGAUGAGGUUUUUUCUUUGUCGGGACGGACACCGUGCUCAGUUCUAAAGCGCUGGCUCGCUAAAUAUCCGAUGUACUGCCAAUCUCUGUUCUCGAACUACUUCUUCUAUGUCAGUAAACACGUAAGUACGCGCCGCUGAUCACGAAGUUCGAGAUAGUUCAAUUUCAAAACUGUGGACCUAUCGGUCACACCAAGACACUACUCGGCAUAAAGUUAGCAACUCAUGAUGAGGACAAGAAAUGACGAGAGCGAUCAAGGACCUAAUAAAGUGAUGACGUUCUAUGCCAAGCAUGACAACACUAAAACACGAACCACGAAUAUCAG